UGUGACGACUAUUAACUUGGAAUAAGCACGUUUGUUAUUGCGUUUUGUGAGGAACUGUUGUUGCUGUGCUGGCUUGUUUUGCUUGUUCGAAGACUGCCUUGCUGGUUACCUUGUCAAAGUUUGUUUUCAAACAGGUAUUUCUCGCUGCCGUUUUAUUGGGGACGUUUAGCCAAGGAUAUUAAAAUGGCACCCUCAGGCCAUAUCAUGUUAUCGUACCAAUGGGACUACCAACAGGAGGUUCGCGAGAUAUGCCAAGCGCUAAGGCGUUUGAAUUUUGAAGUUUGGAUGGAUAUGGACUCGAUGUCAGGGAAUAUUUAUAAUAAAAUGGCCGAGGGAGUCGAGGGUGCUGAUAUUGUCAUUAUUUGUAUGUCAACGAAGUACCAAUCAUCAGAGAACUGCAACAAGGAGUUUCAGUACGCACAAGUAAAUCAGAAGAAAAUCAUCCCCAUUAAGAUGGAGAAAGGUUUCAAUGCAACUGGAUCUCUUGGCUUGAUCACAGCCGGCAAACUGUACAUCGACUUCAGUGAUAUGUCAAAAUUUAAUGAAAAUAUCAAGAGUUUGAAAAAAGAAAUUGAAUCUCAUCUUGGAGCAGCAAAAGCGUCACAGGAACCGAGCAACAACAAUCAGGCAAAUGUUGGUGGAUGGCAAAAGGUGAACUCUGUAGCAGACAUUGAUCACUUCCUCGUAGAUGACACAGAAUAUAACCGUGCUGGUUGUCUUGCAUUGAAGACCUCUCGAAAGAAAUGGCUUUGUGCUGAAUCUGACAACCAGACUAUUAAAGCUGAUAGGGUAUCAAUUGGUCCAUGGGAAAAGUUCCUCCUUUUGUCAUCUGGAGCAGGUAAGUUCAACAUUAAAGCCUGGACAGAAAGGUAUCUUUCCGCAUCUCCUAACGGAUCAGUAAAUAUUGCAAGUAACCGUGCUGGUUCCAACGAAACCUGGUCAAUAUACACUAGGAAUCAUGCAAUUGCUUUGAAGUCCAGUCAUGGAAAAUACUUAUCUGCUCUGCCGAAUGGUGACAUUGAUGCAACAAAGGAUACCUUAGGGAAUUAUGAGCAAUUUUAUCCAUUUGAAGAAACUGAUUCAAGAUGGAGGCAAUGA